GGCUGCGGAACGGGCGGAGGCUGCGGGUUUCGUAACCGUCGCUCCUCCUCGCUGCGAGGCCUGGGCUGAGUCGGGCCGCGCCGCGCGGGGCCGCUCGGAGUGGAGGCCGCCUGGGGGCAGGCGGGCUGGAGGCGCAGGUACAUGUGAAGAUUUCUUGGCAGUGUAGAGUGGAAACCACUGAUCACCGUGCCCUCAGUUCUGUCUUUUCGGUGUUGGCAAGGGAGAGUGCCCAAAUGAGCAAGAUAUCGCAGCAGAAUAGUACUCCAGCAGUGAACGGAAUAAGUGUUAUCCAUACUCCGGCUCAUGCCAGCGGCUUACAGCAGGUUCCUCAGCUGGUGCCCGCUGGCCCUGGAGGAGGAGGUAAGGCUGUGCCUCCAAGCAAGCAAAGCAAAAAGAGUUCACCCAUGGAUCGGAACAGUGAUGAGUAUCGUCAGCGCAGAGAGAGGAACAACAUGGCAGUGAAAAAGAGCCGGUUGAAAAGCAAGCAGAAAGCACAGGAUACCCUGCAGAGAGUGAAUCAGCUCAAAGAAGAGAAUGAACGCUUGGAAGCAAAAAUUAAAUUGCUGACUAAGGAAUUGAGUGUACUGAAGGAUUUGUUUCUUGAGCAUGCACACAACCUUGCAGACAACGUGCAACCCAGUAGCACUGAAAAUAUGACAAAUUCUGAUAAUGCAGGACAGUAGACCGCACCCCUUCCAGACUUCACAGCUUGAGGCUUGAACAUUAAAGGUGUGACGACCUACACCACUCAUCAAUGGCUGAACAUUGUCUUGUUCCAUUAUUCAAAGAUUCAUUGAAGGUUCUCUAGGAUCAGCACUGAAGAGUUGAUUAACUAAAAAUGUUAGCCAUGUAAUUUGAAUUUCUGGUUUUAAAUGAUACUGGGAUAAAGAAACAAGUUCUUAAGGUAUAUGGUAAAACAAAAAAGGUCCCAGAUCUGGAUGUUAAUAAAUCCUGAUUUCUCAAGAAAUGUUUAGUUUUUGGUUGACAAGAGGAAUGAGGAACUGGCAGGUCAUACAGAGGUUCUGGAUUUUAAUGGGAAUUGUUGAUUGGAUUAAGAAAAGUUGAAUGCUGUUUGUGUUCAUCUUUGUGAUUUUAUUCUAAAUUAUGUAUUAAAAACCCUUAGGGCUAUAGAAACCAAUCACUUUGUAAUUUGGAGUGAUGUUAUGUAUGGCAUAAACCUUGGUUUAGCAUAAUUAGUACUGUUUCCCCAACAUGUACUAGUUUUGAGUAGUGGUGUCAGGUUAAGGAAAGAAACCCCAUUGUAUUUUAAAGGCAGUAUGCAGCCAUUGGUUUAAAAACAUAAACAACACUUAGAAAGCAAAUGGAUUUUUAAAAAAUGAAAGUAAAGCAUAUUAGAAUUAUGCUUUUGGGAUACCUUUGGGUUAUUGGAUUGGCAUUUUUUAAUCUUUAAAAACAAAUAAACAAACAACUGAGUAGUUUAGAGCAACUUUUGUACCAAAAUUUUAGUUUCUGCAGAUACUAGCAAAGUAAGCAUUAAAAAACAACAACAAAAAAAAACCCCACCAACUUGACAGCCAAAUUAGUAAACAAAAUGUCAUAAGCUACUGAUUAGGAUUUGGAAUAUCAAUUCAGCAGGUAGUUUCACCUGUGUUGAAAUAUCUGCCAUGGGGCCAUGAGUUUUAAAGGCAAAAACUUCUUAUGAAGGAUUAUGUGGAUUAAUUACUUUAACCAAGUAAUUAUUAGAAAAAUUCAUCAUCAGCUCCCAAAAUAAUAGUCUUAAGAAAACUUGAAAGUGUAAGACUUAACCUUUAAUUUAUUUCACUUAUACAUCUUUUUAUAUUUUUGUGAUAUUUCUUUUUCCUAGUUAGCUGUUCUUCCAGCCUUUUUGUACCACUGCUUCUGUUUAGUUAUUUGUAUGCUUUUAUAGCCCAUAAAUUAUUUUAGAAAAUACUGAUAAAACUCAGGAUAUCAACAUUUUUAUUGAGACUAAAAAAAUGGCAAUCAUUAAAGUCAGGAAUCUCUAGUCUGGUUUAUAUUAAUGUUGGUAGUUUUGAUUGUCCUUGUUGACUUUUUCUUUUUUUUAAGGCAGCACCAUUCUAGCUAAAAUUUGUUGGCUUUGUGGUUUUUUUCUUCUCUCUCUCUGUCUCUCUCUCUCUCUCUCUCUCUCUCUGUCUCUGUCUCUGUCUCUGUCUUGUGUGUGUGUGUGUGUGUGUGUGUGUGUAUCCCUGGGCUGGUGAUGAGACUGAGUCAUGUCUGAUUAAAAUGUUUGUGUUACCAAGUAUCUCAUUUGAGCUUGGUUAUUUUUGGCCACAUUGCUGUUUCAUACUAGGACCUGGGACAAUGUAACCAGCAUUAUUGUACCCUUGGGUUGGUGAAAGAGUGCUUUGUGUGCUCCCCUCCUGGGCAGAGGACAUCACGGUGCCCUGAAACUCAGCAAAGCCAUUAUGAAGGCCUUGAGCCCCUUCUGCAAGUUACAGGAGCCCACUUUCGUUCCAUGAGAGCCACUGUCCCAGGAGGGUUAACUCCCUAUAGAGCCAGGAGACAGAAUAUGGGGUUUCUGUUAGGGUCCAACACUAGUUUACCUUGAUUGGAGUAUUGAUCUACUGGUAAUAGGUGUUUUGGAGAAUGAACUAGGAGAUACCCACAUGUCCUACUGAAUCUUAAUAGCUGAUCAAUAUUAAAUAAUUAACCUAAUUGGAGAUGCAGUUAGGUCACUUGAAUCUUUAAGCACCUAUAAUAGGUGUUACAGACAUUUUAAUCUCUUAUUAAAAAAAAAUCUUUCAGAAAUUGAUAUCUCCAUGGAAUUAAUGGUUACAAGUUAUGUGAAUUGACCUAACUCUCUUAGAAAAGAAGCUUUAGGGAAAUCACCAGGAGUGUGUACUCAAUAUUUCAAAUCAGAACAUAAAAUCGGAAAUUUGGAAAAAUGGAUUCAAGCUUGUUACCUAUGCAAAGUAAAACGUUAGCACAAGCGGUCCUUUGUACAUAGGACACACAUGGUAACCAUUGUCUUGACUCUUACUGAAGUGUUUGGGAAUGAGAGUUUCUAGUUUGAUAGAUUCAUCAGUGGGAAAUUGAGUAUGGGGGAUGGGCACUUUUAGAGCUUCGGAAACUCUACAGUGACGUUUGUAACUUGUUCUGUAGGUUACUUGUGACCGUCAGGCUCGCUCUGCCUUUGCUGGCAGGUACGGUUGUCUAGGAAUUAGGCUUCAGUAUGUAAAUCUGUAUAACUUUGUAGCGAUGUCAGUCUCCCAGGAUGGGUGCUUUCUGACCAAGAGCAGCUCUUCCUGGCGUCUGGCCCCUUUCAGUUUUAGGGGUGUGAGCGCAGAUACUUUGGACAUUCUUAUUCAGAAGUAGUAAGAUUUUAAUAAAAGAUGACCAGAACACGGUCACAUGACCAGUCAUGAGUGUGAAAUUCUCAAGUUCACAUAAAAAAGAUGUACAGUUUAAUAUUUGAUAAUAAAGAACAUUGUAGCAGUUUUUGAUACUUCUUAAUCCCCAUUAGAGGGCUUGAAACUAUGUACCUGAACAACCCAGUGAGCACUCAAGAGUGCUUUUUGAUGCCUUAGAAAUAGGACAGAGUCUUUUUGUUUGACAAAAGCUAGGAAGGAGAAAGUCCAUUCUACAGCUGGUAGACCCACCUCUCAGGAAAAAGUCCUUAACUUGUUCUUUUUGUUUCUGGCUUUCCUCAGUGUGUGAGAUUCUCUAUUUUUUUAAAUAUAAUUUUAUUUCUUUCAGUGGA